AUGGGUGAAUCAAACUCAGAUUCGACGGUGACGAGUAAAAGAAGGAUCGGUUUGGUCAGACAAGUUGGAAUAGAGACUGAGUAUGAAGGGCGUCGAAGGUUCUGUUUUUGUGGUACGGUAGCUCCUCGAUGGACAGCAUGGAGUGAGAAGAACCCGGGCAGAAGGUUUUACGGUUGCCGAAAAUACAACCAAGGAGGAGGCUGCAGCUAUUUUAGUUGGCAUGAUAAUGAAAUGGGUCAGAGACCUGUUGAAGUGAUAACUGAGCUAUUGAAUCAUAUAGAUUCAUUAUAUGAUGAGAAUUUGAGGCUGAAAAGAAGAGUCGAGGGUGAAUGA